AUGAAUGGAAACAUGACUGGAGAGGAGGAUAGUGGUGAUAUUGAUUGGAACACUGACGAUGAGCUGGAAAUCGUAUCAGGAACAUUGACAUCGUCGUCUCAGCCCACUCUAACAGCUAUGGGCAAUGGGGCAAGCUCAUCUGCGGGAGUUUCCAAUGCCAAUUUGAUCGAGCAUUUUGUUGCGAUGGGAUUCUCAGAGAAACUGGUUGCCAAAGCCAUUGAGGAAACUGGAGGAGUAGGAGAUACUGAAGCUAUCCUCAAUACCCUUUUAACAUUCGCGAGUCUUGAAGAGUCCCCUGAGCAACCGCAACAACCGUUGAGCACAACUUCUGAUCCUAGCUCUUCGGAUUACAAUGAAAUGCUUCUUGAUGAACUUUCUGAUGAGGGUAGCUGGUCCGAAAAUGAUGUAUUGUCUGAGGAGCACAAAAGGUUGUUAAUGUUGGCCGAUACGGGAUCAAUAUCCGAGGAGGAUAAAAAACUGCUAACCUUGGCAAACAUGGGAUUCUCAGUAGAAGAGGCAACAAUAGCCAUGAAAAGAUGUGGCCCUGAAGAGUCACUCUCUGUCUUGGCGGAUUGCAUAUAUGCUGCCCAAAUGGUUCGAGAGGCAGACUGCUACAUGCCAGCAGAAGAUCUCAAGCCGAAGCGCCUACUCGGAUUAGGCAGCAGCAAAAAGAGAAAAUAUCACGAAACAUGCAAGAAGAAGGACGUGGUGGAGGACCUCAUCCGGCUGCCGAAGCCCAUGAUAGGCUUUGGCGUUCCCUCCCUCCAGCCCGAGCACAUGACCCCCCGCAACUUGCCAGAGCUAGCGCGGGGCCCACCUUACUUCUACUAUGAGAACGUGGCACUCGCCCCGAAGGGAGUCUGGGACACCAUAUCCAAGUUCCUUUACGAGGUCGAGCCCGAGUUUGUCGACUCCAAGUACUUCAGUGCCGCCGCUCGUAAGCGGGGUUACGUUCACAACCUCCCGAUCGAGAAUCGUUUUCCGUUGGUCCCGCUGCCACCGAUGACGAUCCAGCAGGCUUUCCCACUGUCCAGGAAGUGGUGGCCCGAAUGGGACACGAGGGACAAACUCAACUGUAUACAGACGGCUAUUGGGAGCGCCAAGCUGACAGAGCGCAUAAGGGGCUGGCUCGAGAGGGCGGAUGGGAACCCGUCCGAGUCGGUGAAGAGGGACAUCUUGGAGCAGUGCCGCAAGUGGAAUUUGGUUUGGGUCGGGAGGAACAAGGUGGCCCCGCUGGAGCCUGAUGAGGUGGAGAUGCUUCUCGGGUUUCCGAAGAACCACACCAGAGGGGGAGGGAUAAGCAGGACAGACAGAUAUAAAUCGUUGGGGAACUCGUUUCAGGUCGAUACGGUUGCUUAUCACCUAUCUGUCCUGAAGGAGUUGUACCCAAAUGGAAUCAACAUGCUCUCCCUAUUUUCAGGCAUAGGCGGGGCCGAGGUUGCUCUGCACCGGCUUGGGGUGAAGCUGAAGAACGUUGUCUCAGUCGAGAAAUCAAAAGUUAACAGGGACAUUGUGAGGAGUUGGUGGGAGCAGACGAACCAGAGAGGCACCCUUUAUGACUAUGAUGAUGUUCAGCAGUUUGACUCCCCGGGGAUCGAGCAGAUCAUGGACAGCAUAGGGGGGUUUGAUUUGGUGGUUGGUGGUAGCCCUUGUAACAACCUUGCUGGAAGUAACAGGGUGAGUCGAGACGGGUUGGAAGGCAAGGAAUCUUCUCUGUUCUAUGACUACUUCCGUAUAUUAGGGAUUGUUAGGGACCACAGCCGGCAGUCUCAGCAUAUGUAA